AUGAUAAUCAAACCUGACGGUACCAUUUCUUCUUCUUCUUCUUCUCCCCCGACCUCCUCCAUCCCGGGCCAAACCACGUGCGGGGAAUGCGGCGUCGAGGACUUCCGCCUCCUCCACCACCUCCGCCACCGCACGGCGUUUCGCCGCCUGUGCACCUCCUGCGUCCUCCGUUUCAAUCCCCGUUUGUUUUGCCCUAGUUGCUUCGCCGUGUAUGCCUCCACCCCGAGCUCCGGCGUUUCGUGCUCCAAGUGUAAAUCGUCUUCCCACCCUGAGUGCGUGGGAGCCAAUUACGUGGGUCCUUACGUUUGUCCCCUUUGCGUUAACCCUAAAUCUCCUGUCUUUUUCCCCAAAAAGGUGAAGGAUUUCGUCAAUGAAAAUCCCGAGGCCGCCAAAGAAAUGAUUGGGAGGAGUGGGGAUUACAGGGUUAUUGAUAAGAGAAAUGCCAAGAUUUUGUUGGCUGCGGCGAAGAUUUCUGCUGAAUCUAUGAGUAAGGCGGCGAUGGCAGCUCGGACCGAGGCAGAACGCAGAGCUAAAGACGCUGCAUAUACCAGGAAACGAGCUAGGGUGGCAUUGGAGCACUUAGCUUAUUUGGUCGCAAAGGAGAAGAUCAAAAAGAGGCCCAGUUCUGCAUCUGGUGUCAGAGUUGGAGCCACUGUUGGAGUUGGGAAUGGGAGUACGGUUGGAAAUUCUGGUAGUAAUAGAAGUAACGGUGCAGUUGGAAGUUUGAAUCCUGCUGCUGUGAUGAGGAUUGGUGGAGGGGCGAAGGACGAGGGUGAGGUUGGUAAAGCGGUGAGAGGAGAUAGUUCUAGUGAAGUUCUGGCUGCAUUAAACGCUGUGGAGUUGAGAGAAAAAGAUAAAAUCAGUGGUGAAUCUAGUCCGGCAAAUGUUGGUGGAGUGUGGCCUUUGAAUGAUGCUGAUCCAAUGGAUAUUGAAGAAACUGAGGAACCAAAUGCAGUUGCCAAAAUAAUAAAGGAAGCUGUACGUAACAACACCAGAUUCCAUACUCAGCCUGUGAAGCUGAGUAGCAAUGUAUCUGGCGGGCAGUAG